UAUAUUGAGGACAGGAUGAAACAAUCACCAAGUCAAUAAUUGAGUAACAUAAAAACUGAAAAUUAUCAUAAACUUCAUCUGGUGUUUGACAUGUGUAAGAGAGAAGUGGCUUAUAUAUAAAUGUAUGUAUAUAUUCAAGUAACAAGAAACUAGUACUUUGUCAUACAUAAGAUAUGAUAGCGUCUGAGACCUCGUCCUUUUUAUUUUUUUUAUAAGAAACAGAUAAAUGCAUUAAACCAAGAAAGAAAGGAACAGCCUAAGGGUGGGGGUUGAGGAAACCCCCCACAAAAAUGAAAUCAAACAAGAAGAGCCCUCCAAUUGUUUAAAAUCAUAAGGAGGCUAUAAUUACAAAAGAAUUUGGUGUACACAAGAGGCCGUGUUCUGAACCUGGCCCAAAAAGAAUCAAAAGAGGUAAACUUAUCAUCAAACAACCUACUCCGCUCCUCCUUAUAACCAAUCUAAGAUUUGAAUUUCCCUUGAGUUGAUGGAUGGGGGGAAAUUGGUUGAUGUGGAGAAGAAAAAAAAACAUGCAAGCAGUAAACAAAUUCAAUACUGAUGAUCCAAGUGGAUGCCUUACUGUUAAAGAAAACAUGUACUAGUUAUGACAGAUUCUCCCAACCAGGCCUAGGGAAUCGCAUAUUCAUCAAGUCCUUGGUCUCUACUUUCCGAAACUCAGUUCUAUUCUUAGUUCUAUGCCUGUGUAAAUGGAAAUGCCCAUUUUCAAAUUAUAUGCUAUCAGAUCUUUUGGCCAAAAGGAGGUUAUUUUGCAAUCCACCUUUGGCUUCGGGGUCUGCCCCUCUUUUAUAUAUUUCAUUCAUCAAUGAAAUAUCUUUUUCUUUUUAAAAGAAAAGAAAAUCAAAUAAUGAACUAGUAAAUCAAAUCAUGUAAUUUAUUAAAAUCAGAUUGUAUAUCAUGGUAAAUUAAGGUCAUAAAAUAUAUUUAACUUUCAUUUUGAAUUAUUUAUCCACCAUAAGGUUCAAAUUUAAUCUGAUUAACAUUUUAAGUCAUAUAUCAAUUAAUAUUACACAAUCAUUCCCACAUGUAGUCGAGGUGUUAAAUUCUUUUUUUAAUAGAUUAUGAUGGUUCCUUUCAUUUGGUUCAUAAUUUAGAUUUUUUAGCUAUAUAUAUAUAUAUAUUAGUGAUAUAUAAUUUAAUUUACCUCUACUCAUUAGCUUAAGUUUUUGGGUCAAUUGGUGAUUUAACAUGGUAUCAGAACAGAUGGUCCAAGGAGGUCUUGUAUUCAAGCCCUUGCAUUGUUCUUGUAAACAUCUUAACUCAGUUUAAUACAAAGAUCGCACACUAGCCGCUCGUGUCCAUGCAAAUCUCACGCUCACCGUUUGCUAUUGCUUCCAAAUCGACAGCCGCACGUCCUCCCGAGCCAGUCUCGCACCAGUCAGCCGCCAAUCCUUCCGCCGGCACAGUACCUGGCCGUGUAGCUUCGAGCAGCAAUGCCAAGGUGUUUGGGCAGUACCCGGUUGAAUCUUCUGAGCGGUUUUUUGGUUCCUUCCAGCAACAAGGGUCUAUCCCAAACGUGUAUCCGGUUCAGCCUCGGUAUCGAGUGGGUGACUCUAUGGGUGACAGUUCUAUUCCCGGUUCCUAUGAAAAGAAACAGUCAAGAUCAGAGACCCAUGGGGAACUCCAACAGCAAUUGGCAAGCCUUCAACAACAAAUGGCAGUUCUUGGUUCAAAACUGAAGGGCCAUGAGUCUUCCAGUCUUCCAAUCUAUUCAGAAAACCCGAUAACAGUGUUCCCUACUCUACCUACUGCUAAUUUGUUAACUAGUACUUUGGGAAACUCUGCAGGAAUGAUCAUAGGUGAGAAGUUGAAUGGCCAAAACUACUUCUCUUGGUCUCAAACGAUUAAAAUGGUCCUUGAAGGGCGCCAUAGAUUUGGGUACUUAACUAGAGAAAUACUGCAACCGAGCCCUGGAGAUCCCCAAGAGCGGGUCUGGAAGACAGAAGAUUCUUUACUUCGGUCAAUGCUGAUAAGCAGCAUGGACCUCAAAUUGGGAAACUCCUGUUAUAUUCAGCCACUGCACGGGAUAUCUGGGAUGCGGUCCGUAGGUUAUAUUCUAGAAGACAGAAUGCAUCUCGCCUAUAUACUUUACGUAAACAGGUUCAUGAGUGCAAGCAAGGGAGCAUGGAUGUAACAUCCUAUUUCAACAAAAUGUCUUUGUUAUGCAAGAAAUGGAUCUAUGUCAGGAGAUCAUCUGGAACUGCCCGCAUGACGGUAUUCAGUACUCAGAAGAUAGAAGAGGUUGAUCGUGUGUAUGAUUUUCUUGCAGGAUUGCACCCCAAAUUUGAUACGGUUCGGAGUCAAAUACUAGGGUAGAAACCAAUACCGUCCCUCAUAGAGGUCUGUUCAGAGGUUCGAUUGGAAGAGGAUAGAUCGAGUGCAAUGAAUGAGUCUGGGGUUACCACUGUAGAGUCAGCUGCCUUCACCCUUUGGAUCUGAUGGUGACAAACAAAAUAGCAAAACACCCCCAGUAUGUGAGCAUUGCAAAAAACAGUGGCACACGAAUGAUCAGUGUUGGAAAUUGCAUGGCCGACCUCCCAAUGGUAAACGUCGCCCCCCAAAUGACAAGUCAAAAUCUAGGCGUGCUAUGAUGAGUGAAUCAGUUGAGGGGGCCACACAACCUCAGGUACAACCUCAGACACAAUCUCCAGUAACCAACCCAGGUGAUUCAGGUACCAUAGGGAUCGGAACAGUUGCUCAAUCAGUUAACCCUCAAUCUUUUAGUUUCCUCGUUGAAGGGAAUGAGUUAUGGAUUCUGGAUUCAGGAGCGACCAAUCACUUGACUGGCUCAUUGGAUCGAUUCCUCUCGUAUUAUUCGAGUGCUGGAAAUGAGAGGAUUUUUCGUAUUGCGGAUGGGUCCUUCGUUCAUGUUGCUGGAAAAUGCAGAUUGUCACCAUUUCAGGAAUUAGUUCUACAAAAUGUCCUAGUC